CCGACGACGCUUCCGACGCUCUCAACACCACUUUUCAUGCCCAUUCUCGAAAGUGGGCUUCGCAGACAGAAUGUCUUACUACUUCGAGCACUGAGGGAUGUACCUCGUACUGCGCAUAGGACGUUCCGAGCGCAUACGGGAAGGCGCGCGUUUACUGUUCUCGGCUUCGAGAGCUCAGCGGAUGACACCUGCGCAGCCGUCGUGACAUCCUCACGUCAAAUACUUUCAAACGUUGUUGUGAAGCAGUACGAUCUCCACGAAGGUUUCGGCGGCAUUCAUCCGUCUGUAGCUAUUGAAGCACACCAGCGUAACAUGCCGGGCGCUGUCAGAAUGGCUCUCGAACAGGCGCAUAUUAGAAUUCACGAUGUCGACGGGAUUGCAUUUACGCGAGGUCCAGGAAUUGGAGGCUGCCUUAGUGUGGGCUCGAAUGCCGCAAAGUCCCUCGCCGCCGCCCUCGGUAAGCCUCUUGUUGGUGUUCACCAUAUGCAAGCACACGCCUUGACCCCCCUGCUCACGACUCCAACCACGGAUCUCCCGCAGUUUCCUUUCCUGACACUGCUCAUUUCUGGAGGCCAUACGCUUCUACUUUUGGCUUCAUCCCUUACCUCAUUCCAGAUCCUUGCAACGACAGCAGACGCGAGUAUUGGACGUGCGUUUGACAAGGUAGCCCGAGCACUUGGCCUGUCCUGGGGAACCAGAGGCCCUGGCGCAGCACUCGAGGAGCUCUGCCGUAUGCCAAACGAUGAACUGGAAUCCCUACCCGACAUUCAUCCGUUCACUGUGCCGAUGCCGGGAAAACUUGCCUUUUCCUUUGCAUCCCUGCAAUCUUCAGUAGACCGCCACAUUUCUCUCAUGGACGAACCUCUAUCUAGUUCACAUAAAAUUGCCUUGGCUCGUGCAUUCCAGACAGCUGCGGCCCGUCAACUCUGUGCUAAGCUUACAUUGAGCCUUCAAAAUCUCGAGCUGAAAGGCUUGAAUGUCAGGGAUGUCGUCGUUAGCGGCGGGGUCGCCAGCAACAUCUUUUUACGCGAAAGGCUCCGAGCAGCACUGGAUGAGUACAGCUCUGAUGAGCACAUAUCGCUCCAUUUCCCCCCGCUGGAAUUAUGUACAGACAAUGCAGCGAUGAUUGCAUGGGCUUCGAUGCAUCGGUUCCUCGCUGGUGACUAUGAUGACUAUACAGUGGGCCUUCGUGCCAAGUGGAGUAUUGAGGAUAUCAGAGUAUGAAGCAUCUUGCAGGUACAACUAGAUGUAUGCUCUUCAUCGAUGUAUUCAAUCACACAAAGACUCCCACGUUAAUGGAGGAAGUUUGUCCAUUGGAGUGGAGUCCACUAGUGGUCUGUGUACGAGAGUCUCGUUGAUUCCAAGCGCAUGAAACACACGAUAGAGGCAUAAUGGACUGUGUAGAUUCUUGUCCCCACACUGGCUGUGCGAUAAUCUCAUAAAGACUCACAAGUCCUAUCUCGCGAAGAGGCGGACGAUACAUGAUACAUGCAUACUAGUACUGAUGCAUCACACUGAUGAGUAGGAGUCCAUCUCUACCGUCACCUCGAUGGGCCGAUGUGGC